AGGUGUACACUUCCCUGUGGGACUUCCUUGCUAAAGAAAUGGACAUAAUCGAAAAGAUCUGGAAGGAUAAGAGAAUUAAACAUGCUCUUAAAAACCUUAUCCCUUUGCUCGUCGAGAAAGACAAUUCAUGGCAGAAUUCUAAAGAAGCAAAAGGCAAGACGAUUUCUCUGGGGUCAGUGGAAAAUCUUUGUAAGGAACCAACCAAUUCUAAGAAGCAGAGCAUUUAUAAGUAUAACCCAUUGCUUAUAGCAACUAUCACUGGAAUUGUGCCUAUUGUUGCAGAGAUACUUAGGCAGCAUCCUCAAGCAGUUGAGCACGUUAGCUAUAGUGAACAGAACAUUUUGCAUCUGGCCAUUAAGCACCGUCAAAGAGAGAUCCUUGAGCUUCUAAAAAGGAAGCCAAUAACCAUCUCAAGGUUGAAUGAGAUGAUUGACAGUGAUGGCAACACCAUAUUGCACCAAGCUGCAGAUAGGAGCUACUACUCUGUAGCAAUUUCUGAGAAAUUAAUUGGCCCAGCCAUGCAAUUGCAAGCAGAGUUGCAUUGGACGAUGGGUGUGAAGAACAUAUUACCACCUCAUUACAUCAUGCACCACAACAACAAGGAUCAGACAGCGGAGGAGCUGUUCAAUGAUGAGCAUAAUGAGCUUCUGAAGUCCGCACAAGAAUGGAUAAAAGACACAGCACAGUCGUGCUCAACUGUGGCGGUGCUGGUGGCCACCGUUGUCUUUGCAGCCGCCUACACCAUGCCUGGGGGUACCGAACCAAAUGGCCUUCCUGUUUUCCAUGAUUCUCCUCUCUUCUGGCUCUUCACCUGCAUGGACGUUGUGGCCAUCGCCUGCUCAUUGUCUUCGGUAGCCUUUUUCCUCUCUAUUCUCUCCUCUCCCCUUGAGUACCCGUUUUUCUGUCAUGGUCUUCCCCGCAAGCUCAUGAUUGGGUUCACCUUGCUCUUCUUGUCAAUGGCAACCACCAUGCUCGCCUUCGCUGCUACCAUUUUGCUUGUGAUUCAUAUUGAGAAGAAAUGGACUAAGUCUCUGCUUUACUCUAUUGCCUUUUUUCCAGUCCCUCUAUUUGGCUUGCUGCAAUUUCCUAUGUUCCAGUCUUUCAAAGAUAUAUAUCGGAAAAUUACCAAGAUUUUCCACCCCUUCUCGGCUUUUCGAAAUAGGGUGCUUGGUAAGAGCAAGGCGAAGUAA